GACCUGUCCCCUCUAAGACGUCUCAACCACAAAGCCUCAAAUCUCUCAGCUUCGUUUCUCCUAAAUUAAGAGUGUUCCCCAGUUAUUUAUUCGUAGUUUCCCGUUCCUCGAGAUUACAUUAUUCCUCCAAUCUCGAGAAGACGUCUGCUUCUCGUUUUUUACCUCGAGAACACGACGGCAUUCUUCUCCUAGACGCUUUACAGUGUUCUGUAAGAUUGUCAGAUCUCGUCUCUCGUGUUCCAACAGCGAUCACAGCUGCGAGAUCAGUGACUACACGAGUACCGGCUGGUGCAGGUGCCGUGGGGAAUGACACCACAGGUGUCCUCGUUUAUCUCAUUACAGGGAGUUUGGGUGAUGGUGUGGAUGGUCGCCCUGCUCGGGACGGCCCACCAGGCGAAGGGCCUCUUCGUUGAUGACGAGUGCGCAGGGGUGGCUGGCAACCGGGACAUCUACCAGAAGGUAUUGUGGGUCUGCCAAGACUGCUCCAACAUCUUCCGCAACCAUGACGUCGAGGUCAAGUGCAGGAAAGACUGCUUCUACAACUCUGAUUUCCUGUGGUGUGUCUACGCUUCUGAGCGCCACCAGGACCUGGAGCAAUUCAAGCGUUGGAUCAGUAUUCUGAGAGGAGCUCGCAAGUAAAACCCAUCUACCUACUCACCCUCCAAGAGGUUAUGUAAACCCAUCUACCUACUCACCCUCCUAGAGGUUGUGUACCAUUCUUUCUCCCCUCUCAGUCAUAUGCCAAAUUCUUACCCUCGUUGACUGAUUGAUUGACCAAGAUUUAGCCACACAAGAGGUGGCACGGGCAUGACUAACCCGUAUUGCCGUCGUUUCCCAUCCAUGUGCUAUGUAGCACAUGGAUGGGAAGGUGCUAUAUAGCACAUGAAGACUUAGCACCUUCUCAUACUCACCUUACAUCCCUAAUUUCUUACGUUAAAUGUGUUUCCAAGCUUCAUAUUUAUUAAUAUGUUUAAGGAUUAGCAAUAACAAUAUUAAUUGGUAAUUUUUUGUUUAAUGUUUUUGAAUAAAAAUGUUUUAAUAUUUGUUUAUGGACGAACUUAAACACCUACUUAUAACUAGUAUUGACACAUAAAUAAUGAGGAAACUGCACCACGAAGAUAAAAAUAUGAAUAUUAAUGUAAAUAAAAAUGACCUAAUGCAUUAUGAGUAUAAAAAAAACAUGAACUAUAAGACAGGACUAAAUUAUGGUUGCUGGUUGGUUAGUAGGCAAUUGUGGUUAGCCAUAAUAACCAUCUAGAGGUUGACAGGACUUUUUAACCCCAGCAUCUCUAAUAUGAAGAGAGAGAGAGAGAGAGAGAGAGAGAGAGAGAGAGAGAGAGAGAGAGAGAGAGAGAGAGAGAGAGAGAGAGAGAGAGAGAGAGAGAGAGAGAGAAUUA